AAUGGCUGUUACUAUGGAAGAACAAAUGGGAGACACUGCUGCUGCUGGGAUUGGUAGCGCUAAGCUGCUGCCAACAGCUCAAUGGGCACAUCAAUCCUUUGUGGAUAUCCACAGGGAGGAGGGACGACUCCACGUCUAGGGGCGCCCUCCAGCAGAGCGGCCACGUCAACUCCUUGUGGUUGUCCAACCGCGGUGGAGACCCGUCACCUCUCCUACAGCUGUACUUCUUGGACUCGGCUGGUACCUUCAGGCCCCUUACGCUUCAAAACCCUACCCAAUCUAUUUACAGAGGAUCGGAAAGAGACUACGAUAGCAGGAGAGCUGGCCGCUUUGACCAAUUGCCUACUUAUAGAAAUACAAAUUAUUGACAUAUUUUCACAUUCUAUUAUAAAUAAAUAUAUUACAAAAAUUAAAUUAACAAUAUUUAUUCUAGAACACUUUUUAUUCUAUUCAGAUAUCUGGUCUUUAGCUAAUUGUAUUAUAAUGAAUGGUCAGUUUUUCUGUUAGAAUUCAAGCAGACUUCAGUAUAAUUUAUAAAAUCAAUCAAAAACCUCAAACUCAAUUAAGGUAUAUUUCGCAUUUAAUUUAGACAACCUUCUAUAUCCAUCCGACAUAAUUAGAUCAAUCGGUUUAGUGAUUAAUGUGGUUUACUUUUGGCAUAA